ACGCCUAAAAAUAAAGGAAGCUUCCUUGCGCGUCUGCAUUGUCUGCGAUCGCUAAUGCUACUGCACAAAAUCUCACCGUUAAUUUCACUUUUGAUAUAUUAAAAGUUAAUAAAAUAUAAACUUAAAAAUCUUAACCGUUGGAUUGUGAACACAGAAUCUCUAAUCACAGUAAGUACAGUGAUUCAUUCAACGGAGAAGCCGCGAAAUAUCCAUGGCAUGGCAACGCAUUUGUUUUGACAUUCUUAAUCAAGUUAUUUAUCCUCGUUCUUUCGUAAGAUUUUUGUUUUGGCACAGAGUGAUGUCUUUCUCAGGUUAUACCUUUGGCACCUGGAAAGAAAGUGGAGGUGUUACUUGAAUUGGAUUAUAGGUUCCAAUUAUCUAUUAGCUUGCAGAAUAUUGAAGCUAUGUCUGCUUAUGCUCAUCAAAUGGAACAGCAGUACUCUGCACACGGUCUCUCGGAUGAUUCUGAUACGGGAAGCCAUUAUGAGCUAGAAUCAGGAUUCUACAUGAAAUCUUUUACCGCAACAAUCUUUGUUGCUUCACUUGUCACCCUUGGAGUUCUACUGAUUACUUUGGUGAUUUCCUUGGUGAUUAUGCUGCAAUCCUGUCAAAGUAAAACCACCGGAGUUAUCGAGCUUCUGAAUAUAAAUGACUAUUACAGUUAUUGCAGAGUGUAUUCUCUGCAUGCUGAGAUCAAUAACUUAGAAGGAUAUAAUCUUCCUAAAAUCUGCAGAGACCUGGAUGUACACUAUAUCAAAGGAGGUCAAUAUGCUAGAGAGUUGGAUUUGACUAUGUCUGUGGUUGAUGAUUACUUCAAGAGUGUAAGACCUUCAGAGGAUGGUUUGGAUGUAGUUUUGAUGGACAUAGAUGACAUUUUUCCUCGGAAUUCUUAUUCUUCCAAUUCGUUUCUCAGGUUUUACAAUGGCAGCACUAGCAACUGUAUUGAAGAGGCAAAAAAUGUAAAACUCAUGUUUGUUUCUAGAUUAUACAUGUACCUUCAAACCGGUGGAUGGUCUAUAAUUCUGUUAUCAAGAGAGCCUGGAACACGCCGAAAUGUAACCAUUAAUCAUCUUGACUCUGCGGGAUUAAGAAGUUGGUCUGCCUUGAUGAUGAGAGCAGAAGAUUCAGAUCCUACCAAAGGGUAUGAGUACUUUUCUAUGCAAAGGAAUGUGAUAAGGAAGAAGGGCUUCCGAAUAAAAUGUAUCAUAAGCAGCCAUAUGGAUGCCAUUACCAUUCCAGAGACCGGAGUGCGAAAUUUUUUGCUUCCAAACACUCUAUGUGACAAGUUUGAGAAGUAGAUAGUGCAUAGAUACUGAACGUUAGUUUCAUUAUUCAUCCUUCAGGAACAGAGUUGCUUUCAGUUAAAAAGGUUCUUAUUCUCUGAAUUCAGGCUUGUUCUUGGUACACAUUAAACAUCAAUACUACAUAAUCUAAUAUUAACUCGAGGCAUAGAACGGCUCUCCAACCUAGAGACGUGUUUGUUAUUUAGUCGUAGAUCCUUGCACACCGAUGUGUUAGAUACAAUA